GGCCGACAUUCAGAACGCACUCGUCGCGUUAAGCAAAUGUCACUUUUUUAUAAAUGCAAGUACUGGAAUGCAUAGAAAUUAACAGAAUUUGUAGUGAAUUGUUUUUUUUAUUAGUAAUUUAAGCAGAAUAAGUCAACACAAAAUGGAUACAUUAUUUGUGCAACUGAAAAAAUUAUACGAUAAUGAGUUAUACGAUCAAGUUCAGCCUGUGGGCGCGAUAAUGGAGGCGAGCUAUGAGAGAGAUAGAUCUAUAUUAAUACCUGAACAAUACUUUUUGCUGCAAAUGUACAGUGCCAACAGUCAUUUCUACCGAAAACAAUAUCGCAAAGCGGAGCACAUCUAUCGGAUUGCACUGGUUGCACGCAAAGCGAUUGUCAAGAGUAAAAACCCGAUGUCAAUGAAUUUUGAGAAUCUCGUCGAGAUGUUCCCCGAGCACGAAGUACGGUAUAAAAUUGCAAUUUGCCUGGAACAAAUGAAUGAAAUGUCGGAAGCCCUAGCUGCACUCAACAGUAUUUCGAAUCGUCAACGCAAUCUCAAAAUCAACAUGAUGAUCGGCAAGCUAUCGAUGCAAUUGGGAAAGUGUCAAAAUGCUGAAACUGCAUACAAAGCAGUUGUUCGAGACAGUCCAAUGAAUUUGGAAGCGAUGAAAGGAUUGUUGACACUCGGCGUGUCCGAACUAGAGAUUAGCAACAUUGUUUCCGAAACAAGUCUCCCCAUUCAACUAGUAGACUGGAUCAACAGUUGGCUCGAAGUCAAUGUGGCCAUUCGCAAAUGUCAAUUCACCGAAGCGAUCUCAAAUCUUGAAACACUACGUUCCACAUCACCAUUUGGCAACAAUGAACUCACUACUGUGAUGCUUGGACAAUGUUAUUACUACAAUGGUGAACACGACAUCGCUUUGAACCAUCUGCAGCGCGCACACGCGAACAAUUUUUACAUUUUGGACGGACUUAGUAUAUUGGGCGCAAUCUAUGCCAAGAAAGGUGAUGCCGCCGAAUUGGAAAAAUUGACCCAGCUCUUUAUGAACCCAGCCGAGUAUUCGUCAGAACAUUGGCUCAUCUUUGGAUAUCACUAUUAUGUGAUGAAAAAAUACGAUAAAGCAUCAUAUUUUGCGCAUAAAGCGUGUUACCUGAAUCCACGGAAUAUCGAAGCUUGCCUGCUGAAAGCUCGCGUAUUCCUCGAAAUGAAGAAGCACGAUGAAGCCUUGAUCCAAUUAAAACUGUUGCUUCAGUUUGCAAACUAUCGAUUUGAGGUGCAUGAAUGUCUGGUGCAUGCUUUCAUCGGAGUGUCCCGUUGGCGUGAAGCUCAACUCCAAGCGAUCGAAGCUUGUAGAAUUCUGGGAAAAUCACCUAGAAUCUAUGUGUUGGGUGCACAAACUUAUAUUGCCGGUAACACACAACAGGCCAGAGCAAAGGCUAAACCGUUUUUAGAAAAAGCACUGAAAAUGAAUAGAAACUAUCAACCCGCCAUUCUGUUUUUGGUCACAUUGUUAGUCGAAGAAGGGAAUACAUCAAAAGCGAUUCAAUUGCUUCGAAAACUAGCUGCCGUUCGACCGUCACCCGAAAUCUAUUCGAAGAUCGGCGAUAUUUAUGCGGAGAGACAGGAACGAAAAGAGGCGAUUGAAUGUUACACAGAAGCCAUAAAUUUGGACCCACUGAAUCGCAGAGCAAUCAGCCAAUUGGAAGCGUUAGAAAAACAAGCUGCAAAUGAUGAUGAGGCCGGCCCUUCAAGUGCCGUUAACAAUGAUGAUGAUAAUUCCGAUAUGAUGGACGUUCAAACAGACGCAACAGAUGCUGGUGGCGAAGAACGUUUACCAAGCAUAGGAGAAGAAGGCGAAACUCUUUGGUCUGACACAGAGCCCGAAGUGCUUCAGCCUUAUCAAGAAUGAAAUUUGUGAAUAAAGAGACUUCGUUUUCGUAAUAGAAAUGUUUUCUUUCGAAUGAUAUUAGUUGAAAUUUCAAUUGAUAUCAAUAUGAUUUUUAUAUUCCAUGAAAACAAAACUAAAGACACCCAAAACGGGUUAGUAUAUUUAUACUUACUGCAUUUGAAAGUUUGUCAAAAGAUGAAAAGUAAUUGUUGAAAACAAUUGAAAACAACAACUACAAAAUGAUUUACCAACACAUAUUGGGCACACCAGCACCAAAACUUUGAGCCGUAGAACUUUUUCUACACAAAUGUGGGCCCAUAUAUAUAUAUGUGGGCAAAUUACUAUGCACAGCACACAUGCAUUUUGGAAAAUUCUCGGAAAAACGCUAUUGUGGGAAAUCGGAAAAAAAUGCAUGGAAGAACAAUGUACUUACUACUUAGCUAAUAAAAAUGAAAUGAUUUCAUAUCAAGUUUUA